UGGGCUGGGUGAGCGCUGGGCUGGGUUAGCGCGGCGCGGUUCGGAGCGGCACGGCGGCGGCGGCGGACGGUCUGACUGACUGACUGAGUGAGUGACUGACUGACUGACGGGCAGGGCAGCAGGCAGCAGGCAGGUGGAAUCUGCAACAUGGCGAUGCUGGGCGCUGCUGUGGCUGCCGGAGCUUCGUACCAUCUCCUCGCCCUCGCCGUCUGGGCACUCUUCAUCACUAAAGGCACUGCACAAGAGAUCGAAGUGGACUCCCAGAACCUGGUGACGGACGAUGUGGUGGUGGUGGAGGGUGAGGUGGCCACCAUCAGCUGCCGCGUGAAGAACAACGACGACUCCGUCAUCCAGCUGCUCAACCCCAGCCGCCAGACCAUCUACUUCCGCGAUGUCCGCCCGCUGAAGGACAACAGGUUCCAGCUGGUCAACUUCUCCAGCAGUGAGUUGCGGGUGUCGUUGUCCAACGUGUCACUGGUGGAUGAAGGGAGGUACGUGUGCCAGCUCUACACCGACCCCCCACAGGAAGCCUUCGCCACCAUCACCGUGCUCGUUCCUCCAGAAAUGCCGACUAUCGACGCCAACAAGGAUGUGGUGAAAGAAGGGGAGGAGGUGGAGUUCACCUGCACCACCUCCGGGGGCAAGCCGGCUGCUGCCAUCAAGUGGCUGAAGGGCGAUGAGGAGAUGGAAGAAAGUACAAGUAACUUUGAAGAGGACCCGAAGGAGGAGAAGCUCUUCAAUGUCACGAGUACGCUGGUGCUGAGGGUGAGCCGGCUAGAUGAUGGAUUACCAGUUACCUGCCAGGUGCACCAUCCAGCCGUGAGGGACCUGCAGGCCAUGAAAGAUUUGCAAACUCAGCGAUACCUGGAUGUGCAAUAUAAGCCCCAGGUGCAGGUGACAGUGAGCUACCCGCAAGGCCCGACAAGAGAAGGUGACACAUUGGAGCUGAUCUGCAUAGCCAACGGCAAGCCACAACCGACCCUCAGAUGGCUGCGGCUAGAUGAGGAAAUGCCCGAGCGAGCCAUUAUAUCCGUCGAGAACUUAGUCCUCGAAUCGCUAAAUAAAUCCGACAACGGAACGUAUCGCUGCAGGGCGUACAACGAGAUCGGAGAGUCGUACGAUGAUUACCUCCUCCACGUAUACGAUGUACCCACCACCCCACUUCCCACAACAACCACCAUCACCUCCACAAACAUGCCAACCAUCUCUCAAGCUACAUCGCCGACGGCAGAGCCAUCAACCCACGACUCGAGAGCGGGCACGGAGGUGCCAGGCUCGGUGGACCAUGCCGUCAUCGGGGGCGUGGUGGCCGUGGUCGUCUUUGCCAUUUUGUGCCUGCUGAUUGUACUUGGACGUUACUUUGCCAGACACAAAGGUACAUACUUCACACACGAGGCGAAAGGAGCGGAUGAUGCAGCCGACGCGGACACGGCCAUUAUCAACGCAGAGGGCGGACAGAACAACUCUGAUGAAAAGAAAGAGUAUUUCAUCUAAGUAACGUGUAGCCACAUGGAGGUGUCGAACUGUUGACGAUGCGUGGUUGGGUUUUUGUAACUUGGUGGGCAUGUGAGACGUGCCCCAGUGGGGUUAGGGGUUAGGAUGGGGACAGGAGUUGAUUGCUGAUCAGAGAGGUCCACAGUUUGACACCUCUGUUACUGCCUAGCCAGGCUCGGACUUAGUUUAGUUCUCUCAUUUGCAGAAAACGUCGUGCCUUGUUUUCCCUGCAGACGCUCCAGCCUUUUGAAUUGCCAUUUGGACUGAGAGGCUCCCUUUCACUUCUACACGUUAAAACAAACAAACAAACAAACAAAAAACAACGUCAUUGUGCUCUGUGACUGAGGGGUGCGCAGGCGUGCGGCUGUUCAAUUUCGCAGAAGGGGAACGCAGAGCGAGUAUUUUUCUGCAAGUGGGGUUUUGUGUGGCGAGAUUGACGCUAAUUUCAUUCUCUUGUGUAGACUGUGCGAUGUAGGGGUUCCUCACCCUGUCUGGCUGUGUUCUGAGCAAGCAAGUGGCAGAACGUCAGCAGCAAACCCCGAUCAGACCCGACAACGGAGGUCUGUGCCUUUUAGUGAAUGGACAGUGCUGAGUCAUCACAAUAGGAACACGCCUUGUUCCAGCCACCUCUUGUUUUUAAAAGAUCUCAUCUCGUCUUUCCCAAUUGGCCUUACGUCUCACUAAUUUGUUUGCCAAAAAUAUUUAAAAACUAUCUGCGUUCACGAUAACCUGUCAGCAAGGUCUCUCCCCCCCCCCCCCCCCCCCCCCCCUUCCAUGAGCCCCAUUUAAGUAACAUGUACACUGCCCAGGCAAAUAAUUCAUACGGUACAAUUUCGGCUCACAAACACUAGCAUGGUUUUAAAAAGGCAUAUCCCUUUGUUCAUAUCGCAUGGUUUAUAUUUAAGAACCUCUUCAAAACAACCACUGCUUACAUGGACUGUGUGCAUAGAUCUCUUUUUAAACAGCAGUGUUUUUUUAUCGAGCCAGUGAUGAAAGUGGUUUGUCCUAGUGCCAUUGUAAAAUGCUAUUCGUAUUCUAUUUAAAGAUUUAAUUAAAAUUGAUCAAACGCUGUACAGGAGGCUGUAGUAUUUAAUGGAAGUUCUGUGUAUAUCCUGCAUUUUACAUUCAUUCAUUCAUUCAUCCAUUCUGUGUCUGUCGUCAUAAAGGGAUAGUGCCUCUUUAAAGAGUGAAAGUUGCCUUAAAAUAUAUUACCACCCUGCGUUUGGCAUAAACAUUUUCUUUCCCAAAUCAUUAACUUAGCUUUGGAAGCCAGGUUCUGAAGAGGCGUCACGUUAUUGCUUUAGAAAAAGAAAACAAAAAGGUUUGCCUCCGUGGAACUGACAUUUUGCAGUUUCAGCUCUGAGGUAAAACCUCAAAGCCUCCGAGACCAAUUGUAGGCGUAACUACUGGAGCGGUUACCUUCAAUGCAAGGCAAAAUCUGUCCAGCCUGUACACAGCCCAAUUCUGAUGUGACAUAGCUUUACCCGAAGAGUGUUCAUUUUCGGUUAAUUUUCUUUUGAUUUGAGGUUUAAUGUUACAAUGCGCGAUACACUAUCAUGUUUUUAGCAGAGCGAUGUGACAUCGGCGUGUCUCGUGGAAUGUGAGGUUUGCCAAUGGAUUUUGCAAAGGAAGGAACGAUUAGGAAAAAAUGGACAAGCGUUGCAAAAUCGGCAACCCUUGAAGUUCCUCAGUGAGUUCCAGGGAAACUGGGUGGAGAUUGAGUUGCUUCAGUAUAAAACAAAGAAUAUACGAUAGCAAAUGCUCAGCCCACUGUAUAAGAGAGAGGUGACCGCCAUAGUGAAGGGAAUGUGAUAAUGUACUAAAAAAAAAAGUGAUUUAAUAUGUCUUGUCGCUGUUUUCAAUCUGGUUUCUCAGUAAUUCACAGUCUGGCUCUCAGCUUUAGUUUGUACCACAGUAGGUCUUGUUAUUUUCUCAAGCAGAAGAUUAAACAGAUACGUCAUGUCUCAGGAAGAUGUGUUCUGAUUGGCUCUUUGCAUCUUGUCUGCAAAGAAUAUGCCCCCCACACAUUAAAACAAAACGUGGCAAACUCAGAGUUUUAGUUGUAUAUGGAUUAUUUUUUUUUGUGUGUGAAUCCUUUUCUUUUUUCUCUCUCAAAUGCAGUGCACUGUUUUAAUUGUAAUAUGUAUUACUUUGUAUAGAGUUAGUUUGAAUAAUUGGGUCUUGUCGCGUGCAAAACAAGUAUUGUGCAAAAUUGGUCUUAAAAAAUGGAAAAGUUGAAGAUUAUUGCUGUGUUAUAUGCACAUUAGGUCUGAUCUUUAGGCACUAAGGCUGUUUGCUUAGGUCAUUUCUCAUUUCUAGUGUCCAUGGGCAAUUUUGUGUAUUGAUAGAACCUCUCAUGUUCCCACGCAUUUUUUUUUGUAUCAGUUCAUGUAUGCCAUUUUUACAGGAAAAAAAUAUAAAAACUACUGAAGCAUUAUUGACUUCUUAAUAAAAACAAGUUAAAUGUUCCAAA